AACCACUGUCUGAUCUUCAUCCCGUCCCUUUUGUUGUCCCCGUGCUUCUGUUGAUUUAAGAAAAGAACUAUUUUCGUUUGCAGGCCGUAAAAAUGGCGACUAUUCCUCCCGGCGGUACUCUUCUCGACACCUUCAAGCAGUCCUUCACCGACGUUCCCGUCGACGCUGAGAAGGACAAUGCCAUCUCCACCACCGAGUUCCUCGACGCUUCCGAGUCCUUGACCACCAUGUUUGAUGCCCUGGGCUCCGUCGCCUUCUCUCCCGUCAAGAGCGAUAUGCUUGGCAAUGUCAAGAAACUCCGAGAACGACAACUCGCCGCGCCCAGCGAAUCCGAGACCCUCCAAGAGCUUGUGAGGAAUGAGCUCAAGACCAAGUCCCACAAGGCGACCGAGGGGCUGCUCUGGCUUACACGGGGCCUGGAAUUCACCUGCAUCGCCCUCAGCAAGAACCUUGGCCAGGAGAGCGAGGAACUCGCCGAUUCCUUCCGCGGAGCCUACGGUGUCACCCUGAAGCCCCACCACAGCUUCAUGGUGAAGCCCAUCUUCUCUGCCGCCAUGAGUGCUUGCCCGUAUCGCAAGGAUUUCUACGCCAAGCUGGGUUCCGACUUGGAGAAGGUCCUCUCCCAGCUGCGGGUCUACCUGGCUGCUCUGGACAAGAUCGUCGGGAUCCUGAAGGCCUUCCUGGCCAGCAAGGACGCAAAAUGGUAGGACCAAGGAGAGCUACGGCCUGGAGAGGACGAUUGCAGGCGGUAAUGAGUCGAGCAAGCAAGUACCUUGAAAAUCCAGGGUGGAGGGCCCACCAAGUAGCGCAGAGAUGGUAGCAUCAACAUGGACAACUGAGCCCAUUUGGGUUUUCCAGUUGGAAUAUACACACCACAAUCAGCAGUUUCAAGGGUGAUUCUUCUAUACUACAGUCGGUCGAACCCCCGAUAUGCUUUCCCACCUUUACUUGCC